GCGCAUGUCACCGUCGGAUCCCUUUCACAUCAGCGUGGUGAAAAUGGCGGAGCAAAGUUCCGUGCCGAGUGAUCUUUACAAGCAUGUAUAUUCGUUUCUACUACAGAACAAGUUCACGAAAGCUGCUCAGCAGUUCAUCAAACAAGCGAAAGUGCCCCCCCAGGAUGAAAAAGAUGAUACUGGUCUACUUGACAUUUUCAACUUCUGGGUGAAGUCUCCUGAAGCUAAGAAACGCAAGGCUCUUUCCGGCGGCGCUGAGGCCAGCGGCAGUCCGUCUGCUAAAAAAGCAAAGACUGCUGAAAGCUCCAGCGAGGACUCGAGCAGUGAUGAAGAGGAAGCUAAAGCCCCCGUCAAGGCCAAACCUGCAGCGGUGAAGGCUCCACCCCCUGCCAAGGCAGCGGAGUCCAGCAGCAGCGAGGACUCCAGUGAGGAGGAAGAGCCGGCCACUAAAAAGAAGCCAGCCGCCAAGGCUCCGGUGAAGGCCUGCGUGGUGACACCCACAGCCAGGAAGAAGGACUCCAGCUCCAGCAGUGAGUCUUCAGAGGACGAGGCUCCAGCCAAAGUCCCUGCUGCCAAAGGAAAGGUCAAAGCUGCCCCCGCUAAGACAGCAGCUAGUAGCAGCAGCAGUGAAGACAGCUCCAGUGAAGACGAGGCCCCCGCUAAGUCUGUAGCCAAGGCCCCUGCUAAAGCGGCCCCUGCUAAAGCGGCCCCUGCUAAAGCGGCCCCUGCUAAAGCGGCCCCUGCUAAAGCGGCCCCUGCUAAAGCGGCCCCUGCUAAAGCGGCCCCUGCUAAAGCGGCCCCUGCUAAAGCGGCCCCUGCUAAAGCGGCCCCUGCUAAAGCGGCUGAAUCCAGCAGCAGUGAUGAAGAGGAGGCCCCUCCCAGCAAGAAGGCCAAACCAGGUCCGUACAGUGCUGUCCCGCCCCCUGGUGUGGCCGCAAAGAAGGCCCCGCCUCCUGCAGUGGCCAGGAAGGCCAAAAAGGACAGCUCCUCUGACAGCAGCGAUGACAGUAGUGAGGAGGAGGUGAAGAAAGUGGCAGCUAAAGCAGCCCCAGUGAAGACCACGCCAGCCAAGACUGUGACCCCUAAACCUGCUGCUGCUAAGAAAACAGAGUCCAGCUCAGACUCCAGCUCCGAGGAUGAAGAGGAGGCAAAGAAGCCAGUAGCCAAGGCGAUCCCUGCCAAGGCAGCUGCUGCCGAAGACUCUUCCUCUGACUCCAGCUCCGAGGAUGAAGAACAGCCUAAGAAUCCCGAAGUUAUAACGGUUAAAUCUACAGCGGCCAAAGUAACAGUUACCCCUGCCAAGGACGCCUCCGACUCCAGCUCGGAGGAAGAGGAGGAAGAGGAAAAAGGUAUCAAGACGGUGAAAAUCGCCCCAGCUAAGGCGGCUGUAACGGUGGUACAGAAGGUGGUGCCGGCCAAGACUGUGAGAGUAGCGGGCGUGAAGGCAAACGUGACGGUCGCACAAGAGGCGACUGUGAAGGCCAAACCGUCCGCGACCCCAAACAAGGCUGCCGAAUCCUCCUCGGACUCUGAGUCCAGCUCUGAGGAUGAGGAGGAGGAGGUGAAGAAACCAGCCGUCAAGGCUGCUCCUGCCAAGAAGGCCCCUGCUAAAAAAGCUGACUCGUCAAGCUCCGACUCUGACAGCAGCACCGAUGAGACCCCGGCUAAAGCUGUUGUUGCUACGAAGAAGCCUGCCGCUACCCCGGCUAAAGCUGUUGUUGCUACCAAGAAGCCUGCCGCUACCCCGGCUAAAGCUGUUGUAGCUACCAAGAAGCCUGCCGCUACCCCGGCUAAAGCUGUUGUAGCUACCAAGAAGCCUGCCGCUACCCCGGCCAAAGCGCCAAAGGAAAGUAGCUCAGAUUCAGACACUUCUUCAGAAGAUGAACCUCCGGCUAAAAAGAGCACCCCUGCAGCUAAACCCGCAGCUAAACCAGCCACCCCCAUUCAAAAACCAGCUACAGCGGAGAGUAGCUCAGAUUCAGACUCUUCUUCAGAAGAUGAACCUCCGGCUAAAAAGAGCACCCCUGCAGCUAAACCCGCAGCUAAACCAGCCACCCCCAUUCAGAAACCAGCUACAGCGGAGAGUAGCUCAGAUUCAGACUCUUCUUCAGAAGAUGAACAUCCGGCUAAAAAGAGCACCCCUGCAGCUAAACCCGUCGCUAAACCAGCCACCCCGGUUCAGAAACCAGCUGCAGCGGAGAGUAGCUCAGAUUCAGACUCUUCUUCAGAAGAUGAACCUCCGGCUAAAAAGAGCACCCCUGCAGUGAAACCAGCUACCCCAGCCUCCAAACCCUCCACAACUAAAGCGUCAGAGAGUGACUCCGACUCUGACUCGAGCUCAGACGAGGAUGAAGCUCCUGCAAAGAAGGCUGCCUCGUCUUCCAAACCUGCCACCCCUGUGGUGACUAAACCUGCCAAGAGUCCUGCUGCCAAGGCCCCAGCUAAAGCUGCCAAAACUUCAUCAUCUGAAGAAAGUAGCUCUGAUGAAGAGGAGACCAGUAAAAAGAAACCCGUGAAACCAGUUACCCCUGUCAGCAAGAAGGUCCCGGCCCCCACCCCUAAAGCAGCAAAGAAGACAACGCCAGCAAAGAAGGCAGCUGAGAGCAGCUCGGACUCUGACGACAGUUCAGACUCAGAGAUGGAGACGGAUGUCGUCAAGACAACGCCGGCCAAGCCUGCUGUGAUCAAUGGGAAGGCCGCUACCCCCAAAUCUGCCGCCCCUGCCGCAGAGUCCUCCUCAGAGGACACCAGCUCUGAUGAAGAAGCCAGCAAAAAGGCCAAGACCCCGGCCAAGACCCCGGCCGGGACGCCGAAAGCAACCCCCGCUGCCACACCUAAAGCCAAGGAUGACAGCAGCUCGUCAGAAGACUCGUCCGAUGAAGAGGCCUCACCUCCCAUCACUAAUGGCACGGCAAGUAAGAGAGAGGCUGGAGAAGACUCAUCUUCUGAGUGUGAGGACGACAAGGAUGCCGUAACCACUCCUAAAAACAAGAGAGAACCGACAACGCCACAGACCUUUCCCAAAGUCUCUAAAAAGAUCAAUGUACCUUUCCGUAGAAUCAGAGAGGAGGAAAUUGAGGUGGACAACCGACUGGCAGAUAACUCCUUUGACGCCAAGCGCGGGGCGGAUGGCGACUGGGGCCAGAGAGCCAAUGACGUGCUUCGCUUCACAAAGGGCAAGUCCUUCCGGCACGAGAAGACCAAGAAGAAGCGGGGCAGCUACCGCGGGGGAGCCAUUUCCCAGUCCGUCAACUCCAUCAAGUUCGACAGUGACUGAGCUUUGAUUCUCCUGCCUGAACCCACCCCCCAGGACUAUGCCCCUCCCAUCACCACGGACACUGGACUUGCAUCACAUCUCAGCAGGGACCACCCCCCCGGACUAUGCCCCUCCCCGGAUUAUGCCCCUCCCAUCGCCCCGGACACUGGACUUAAAUCACAUCUCAGCAGGAACCACCCAACCUAGUUGAAUCAAAUAAAUUAAUCAACAUAGGUGACUGGCUGUUGACUUCAGUUUAUAAUGAUCUGUUAAACCAGUCCUGUGAUCGCUGACUUGUUUUGUAAUGGCUGUAUUGGAACGCCGAUGUCAAGACCCUACAACUUGGCAGUGAACUGUUCUUCAUCUGAUUUGAAAGUUGUGCACCCAAGGUUGUUGGGGGAGGAUCGUCUCCAAAUCCACACCGCUGUGGUGCUGGAUGGCCUGAUCCCUGCAGCUGAGGGCUGGUCUUCGGCACGACACACCGGCGAGUGCCAGUCCUUAGCCACAAACCCCUUGGACAUUUCAAUGCUGUCCCAUUUAAAAUCGACUCAGCGUUCAGCUGGUUAAUAAGUUAAUCCCGCUGAUGUAUUUAUAACUGCAGUUACACCAUGCAGCCAUAAGGGGGAGGCGGUGAGCCACCAAUUACAUGAAAUAUGAAGUGUACAUUGCUUGCUGUAUUUUUUUUCUUUCUUGGCUUUUUAACUUGUUGAGAUAUUUGUAACAUUCAUCGUUCUCUUGUGUACUUAAUUGAGGUGAUCUAUUCUUAGUUCUGUUGUUUAUUGCCGUUUUCAUAUUGUCAGAUGCAUUGUUGGCACUGGCUACUGAUAUUUCUCCUGUGAGGUAAUGGAAUGAAUGUUGUUUUUCUUUCUUUUUUUUAUGGAUCUUGCUCUCCUCUGGUAGUUUCAGACGUUGGCAGUGCCCACAUCAAAGGCAGCUGCCUGUGAGCGCCUCUAGAUGUUUAACCACUGGAAUGUAGCUGACCUAGAAUCAGUGCGUUCCUGUCAUCUACAGUCUAACAGAGGCGUUUUCUAUAUCUGACCUGUUUAGCCUGGCAUUAUUGGGGGAAAGGGGGGACACCAAAUGCUUUUUAUUGGACAGAUUUGCGCAGUUACCUGGUCUUUGGUCAGUUUUAAGACAUUUAUUGCUAUUUUGUUUUGCCUAAUGGGCAGAAUCCUUGUCCCACAUGGGGUCCUACGGGUCCUGUGUGAUGCGCUACUGGGAUGAAGUGUAUUUGGAGGUGGGUGUCAUUUCAGAUGAAGGCCUGGUGUAACAUUCUGUUGACGUGGGCCUGGCGUGGGUUGGCCUUUUGCCACUGAGGUACUUGGCUCUGACCAGCAGCUUGAUCGGCAACCAAGCCCCAAAGUUGUUUUAAAUUAGGGAAUUCCAAUAUCCUGUAUCCCCCCCCCCCAAACAUUUUUGUUUUUGGAAGU